UUUUUUUUUCCUUCUCUCUCUUACCUCUCCACCCAUUAAACGGCCCCACCAUGCGGAAUUGAUCAAGUCGGGAUGGAAUCGGAUCACGGGACAGCCACCGGUUUGAAGAUAUUUUGCGACUCAGUUCGGUAAUCAGCCCAGCCCGGGAGCGAGCGCCCCCCCCUCCCCCCCCUCUACUGCCCUCUCACGCUCGCUUCCCUCCCCUCUAGGACGCCCGCCGCUAUGGCACGUAUCAAGCUCCUCCCGCUCCGCCCCCAGCACCUCCGCGCCGCCCUAGUCCCGCCGACGGCUCCCUCCCUCCGCGCGCCCUUCGCCCUCUCCCCACCAACGACCACCGCCUCCGCGCCCUCGCCCUCGGCGCGAGCCGCCUUCUUCUCAUCGUCCUCCGCCUCGGCAGCGACCCAGCACACGCCUAGGGGCAAGGACAAGAAGCCGGUGAUCCCGCCGCCGACGCCGUUCGUGCCCGACGUGCAGACGUUCCUGACGCUCAUCGGGCGGGACCUGGUCAAGCACGCGGCCAAGUUCCCGACCUGGGACUCGCUCUUCACACUGACGUCGGUGGACCUGGCCGAGCUCGGCAUCGAGCCGCCGCGCACCCGGCGCUACCUGCUGCAGUGGCGGCGGCGCUUCCUCAAGGGCCUGUACGGUCCCGGCGGCGACCUCGUGCACGUCCGCGACGGCAAGGCCAUGCUCCAGAUCGCCGAGAUCAUCGCGCCCCCCCGCGGCGCUGACCCCGACUCCCCCGAGACCGCCGCCGCCGCCGUCUCGUUCCGCCCCCGCAAGUACGUCGUCAACGUCCCCUUCGACCAGAACGCCGACACCUGCCCCCCCGACCUGCUCAGCCGCGUCUGCGGCUACCAGGUCAGGGACGGCAAUAAGAUCGUCGGCCACUACGCCAAACCCCUCAAGCACGGCGGCGGCGCCGUCGUCACCAUCACCGAGGGCAUGUGGGAGGACAAGCGCGGCCACAAGGUCGACGGUGGUGAGCGUCGUCGCACCGAGAUCCGCUACAAGCGCCGCGUCGCCGAGCGCCGGGAGGCGCGCGAGCGCGGCGAGCUGCCGCAGUAGGAGCCGGAGCAGGUGGGCCAUGAAUUGCGAGGCGACGCAGAUGACGGAUCGCGGGAGAGGAAAGAAAGCAGCCGAGACGGGCUCCCUAAUCAUAUGCCGCCCGCUCAGUUUUUCUCUUUAUCAUGUACUAUAUCCACUCACCCGUUCAGCGCACAUCGCAAUAGCGCGUUGGAAGAAGAGGUAAACGAAAAUAAAACAUUGGUAUUCACUCCGAUUUUAGUU